UGUCUGUGUGUUCUAGGUGUUAUUGUAUCUGUUACUGAAUACAACGAAGACCCACAUCUUUUUAACUAUGUGUUGUACCUGAAAUCCAGUUACCAGCCCUGUACGGGGACCCUGAUUGCUCCUCAGUGGGUGAUAACAGCAGCACACUGCUUCUUACCAGAUCUUCAGGUCAUCUUCACUGGCGGAGCCAGAAAUUUCAAUUUUCAUAACUUAAUUGGGGAGAUUCUGCCGUAUGAGAAGAUCAUUGUUCACCCAAAUUUCACUGUCACUUCUCCUAAAAAUGAUCUUAUGCUGAUUAAGUUGUCUGCACCUCUCACCUUCUUCUCCAACAGCAUUUUUCAGUUGCCUACUAUCAAUAUCAAGAAAAAUGAAAGUAUAGUUUGCUUCAUUUACAUCUGGUUAAAAGAUGAAGAAUCUUCUGGAAAUCCAGUCGGUAACCUGUAUAGCAUUAAGAUUCAAACCAACACUGACUCAAGAUGCAAAAUAUUACUGGGGAAAAGGUUUCUUGAAGACAUGUUCUGUAUAGGACAUACUAAAGGAUACAGAGAUGAAUGCCAGGUGGUCACAGCUGCACCAGCCACAUGUGAUGGUGAAUUACAAGGAAUUGUGUCUUGGGGAACCGGAUGUAUUCUGACAGAUCACACUGUUGUCUUCACCAACAUCUACAGCUACAUUCCAUGGAUCAAGAACAUUAUUUCUACAAAAUAAGCUGAUACAGAACUCCACUGACAGCCUUACUGAUCGUGGCAACCACAUUCCGUAUCUCAGUCCUGGGUUUUCCCAGGAUCUAGGCUGGAGUGGAAUUUCAAAAGAGAUCAUUGACAACUCCUGGAUAUUGGCAUUGCU